AUGAGUAAUGCACCCAACGAAAAUGGAUCAGGUCUAGAGCAGCAGUUUGCUGGUCUGGACUUGCAGAGUCGCAGCUCAAGCGGCCGCUACGUGCCCCCUCACCUGCGCAACAAACCCCAACAGCAGCAAGAGCACUCGGAGGGCACCGGUGGAGGGGGCUCUUCCGGCUACGACAGGGACAACAGAGGAGGCGGAGGAGGAUCAGGGGGUGGUAGAGGGGGUAGAGGAAACUACAGCAACAGGGAUAGGGACGGCGGUGGUAGGGACGGCGGGAGCAGGGACAGCCGAGGAGGCGACUUCUCCAGCUUCAACACCAGGGGCAGGAGGGACCAAAAUGGCGACUCUUAUGACGGCCGCAGAGAGGAUUGGAAUCGUGGAGGCGGCGGUAACCGCGACGACAGGGAGCGUGACUUGCCGCGCAACGACCGCUGGCAGGAACCGGAGCGCCAGGGGGGCGGCGGAGGAGGCGGCCGCUGGAACGAUUCGAACUCCUCUUCGGGAGGCGGAGGCGGACGAUGGAGCGAUAAGCGUAACAACGAAAACGACUGGACCCAGCCCACCGCCAGGGACGAACGCGUCGAAGCGGAGCUGUUCGGGACUGGCAACACCGGCAUCAAUUUCAGCAAGUACGAGGAUAUACCGGUGGAGGCGACUGGAGAUAAAGUGCCCUCUCACAUUACAUCUUUUGAGGAAGUACAGCUGACCGAACUGAUACGCGGCAACAUCGCUAUGGCAAGAUAUGACUCCCCGACACCUGUUCAAAAAUAUGCUAUCCCUAUCAUCAUAGGGAAGCGCGACGUGAUGGCGUGCGCCCAGACCGGUUCCGGCAAGACAGCCGCCUUCCUCGUGCCCAUCCUCAACCAGAUGUUCGAGAACGGCCCGCCCAACAUCCAGCAUGGACGCAGCGGCCGCCGGAAGCAGUUCCCCUUGGGGCUGGUGCUGGCGCCCACCCGCGAGCUCGCCACGCAAAUAUACGACGAGAGCAAGAAGUUCGCGUACCGGUCGAGAGUUAGACCGUGCGUCGUAUAUGGGGGCGCCCACAUCGGCGACCAGAUGCGUGAGCUGGACAGAGGCUGCCAUCUGCUGGUGGCCACGCCCGGCCGUCUGCUCGACAUGAUCGACAGAGGGCGCAUCGGCCUUGACUACUGCCGCUACCUGGUGCUCGACGAGGCCGAUCGGAUGCUCGACAUGGGGUUCGAGGUGCAGAUCAGACGGAUCGUCGAGAAGGAAACUAUGCCGAGGACCGGAGAAAGACAGACCCUUAUGUUCUCUGCUACUUUCCCGUCACCCAUCCAGAUGUUGGCCAGAGACUUUUUGGAAAAUUACAUUUUCUUGGCCGUGGGUAGGGUCGGCAGCACUUCAGAGAAUAUUACUCAAAAGGUGGUGUGGGUGGAAGAGCACGACAAGCGCUCCUUCCUGCUCGACCUGCUCAACGUGGCCGAUCUGCAGCAUCCGUCGGCGGAAAGCCUCACGCUCGUUUUCGUCGAGACGAAAAAGGGCGCCGACUCGCUGGAAGAGUUCCUGCACAACGAGGGAUAUCCCGUCACCUCCAUUCAUGGCGACCGCACGCAAAGGGAGCGUGAAGAUGCGCUGAGACAGUUUCGGUCUGGCAACACGCCGAUUUUGGUGGCGACGGCCGUCGCGGCGAGAGGCUUAGAUAUUCCGCACGUUACGCAUGUGAUCAAUUUCGAUUUGCCGUCGGACAUCGAAGAAUACGUGCACAGGAUCGGUCGUACCGGCCGUAUGGGCAACCUCGGUCUCGCCACCUCCUUCUUCAACGACCGCAACCGCAACCUGGCCACCGGCAUGCUCGACCUGCUCAUCGAGGCCAAGCAGGAGUUCCCCAAUUGGCUGGAAAGCGUCGCGGCGGACGGCCGGGCGCCCUCCUCGGGCAGGCGAGGAGGUGGCGGCGGCGGCGGCAAGGGGCGGUACGGUGGAGGCGGCGGCAGUUUCGGCAGUCGGGAUUACCGGCAGCAGCCCGGGGGCGGGGGGAUGCAGCGCAGCGGGGGUGGCGGCAGGAGCGGUGGCGGAGGGUACGGGAACAACGGGUUCGGAAAUGGAGGUGGCCAUUACGGCAACAUCGACCGAGGCAGCAACUUCGGCGGUAACUACAACAACAGCUCCAACAGCCGCGACGACUGGUGGGAGAAUUAG